AUGAGCACAUGUAUCAUGUUGACAUAUUAUUGGAACAUGGGGGACAUCAGUCAGGCAGCGACAGCUCCGUUGCUACAAAUAGAUAAGAAUAACACUUUGCUUGACUGGUUCAACCUUCAUCACCAACUCUGUACCGAUUGGGUUGGUGCGCAGGGCUCCGUCAAAUUAUCUCAGUCAGUCUACAAGCAAACAGACAAGGCUCCAAAGAAAUAUAAAAGGGAAAGAACCAAAGAAAAUAGAUUCCUUGAAAAGAAAUUCAGAGCAAUAAAAGCAGCAGUAGGAAGUCUCUACACUGAGGCUGUAGGAUGCCGUAGUUUACCCAUCCUGUGGUUUACUGAUGCUAUGAAAGGUAGCCCAUCCUAUGUGAAUGGAGGCUCAGCAGGAGAGAUUUACUUCUCAUCUAUGGGGGGAGUCUGGGAAAAACACGAUAAAGUAGUAGAAGGACUAACUAGUCAGUCUCUUACGGAGAUCUGUCACUUUUUCAGUGCAGAAGAAAAAGCGAAUGAGGCUGCUGACUUUGAGGGGAAAGUUUGUAAAUCUCAUAUUUGGGACGAGCAGCAAAACUUUGUAACCAUUUUCCCUGAUGCAGAUACUCAAAUGAAUUGGAGCAAAGCCGAAGCCUUUAGAAUAGCUUAUGCUCAGCCUAGAAUCAUGAUUUCUGCAAACACUAGUAUUCAUAACAAAUAA